CGAGGUCGUGCUGAGUGAAAUGUCUUUCGCGUGUCGCGUGUAAACGUAUAUUGCAUUUUGAUUUAAGAGCUCAGCUAUGUAAUGCUCCUAAAUUUUGAAAAUUUUCGCAUUAGCUGACAUUUUACUAUGAGAUUUUUAACUUUGUUUAACAUGACGAUGUUGCUAGACCUGGAUAUCGGAGUAGCCUAUUGACAGUCGACUGCUGACAAAAAGGGGUGUGGGGGUUAAAGCAAAUUUGUAAACAAAAAAAUCAAUUGAAUCUAUUUGACAUCUUAUUUACAUUUGUCGUGCAUUCAUUGCUGUGGUUUCGGUGGUAGGGCUUCUACGUUAGUUUCCUACAGAUAUUUCCCCUACUUUCUCUCAAAUCAGUCGUGAACUGAGACUGAGAGCAGGCUACAAUGGCUACAUUUGAAGACAAGAUUUUGGGUGAGAAACUUCAUUGUUAUUGCAGCAGCAGUGAAGAUGAAAAUGACAAAGCAGAGUCUGGUGAUGAAGAAUCAAAUACCGGAGCAUCUGGAAAACAGUCCCCUCCAUCUUUACCACAACCUGAAGCUUGGUCUGGGUCCUCAACUAAUACCGGCCCAAAGGGUGUCAUCAAAGAUUGGCAGCGAUUCAAGCAGUUGGAAACAGAAAAGCGUGCUGAACAGGAAAGGGAAAAACUAGAGCUCUUGAAGAAAUUGUCCUUGACUUGCCAGACUGCCCUUGAUGAAGAAAAGGAGAAAGCUAAAGCUGAACAACUGGAUCCUGAUUUGAAGGAACUUCUUGAAGACAGCUUCCUACUUCAGUAUCAAGAAAAAAGGAUGAAAGAAAUGCUUGAUCAAUAUAGUAUGCUUCCGUCUUUUGGCAAGCUUAUUACAUUGAAAGACAGUGGAGAGUUUUUGGAUGCUAUUGACAACGAAAACAAGGCAGUGUCUGUCAUUAUUCACAUUUAUGAGAACAAUAUAGCAGGUUGUGAGGCAAUGAAUGGCUGCCUAACAUGUCUCAGCGAAGAGUUCCCAAAAGUCAAAUUUUGCAAAAUUUUCAGUUCAGUGGCUGGCAUGAGCCAACGUUUCAAGGCUGGUGGUGUUCCAGCCCUGUUGGUGUACAAGGGUGGACAGUUAAUUGGGAACUUUGUUAGAGUGACAGAUGAUCUUGGUACUGAUUUUUUUGCUGAGGAAGUUGAAGCAUUUCUGACUGAACAUGGUGUGCUUCCUGACAAAUCAUGCGUGCCAAAAAUAAUUCAGCAAUCUUCACAGAAAGAUAAUGAUGACGAUGAUGAUUAAUGCAACAAUAUCAUAUUGAAACACUGAUGUCUGUAGACUGAUUGUAUUGCACUUUAUCCUUCUUUCAUCCCUCAUGUUUUCCAAACAACAUUUAAAUUUUACUCAGAACCUGUUUUAUAUUUGCUUUGGAAUUGAUUUUAGUUGUUGGGAAAGAACAAGUAUUACUUAAUGGUAGUGUGUGGAUUUAAUUCUAUAUUUAUUAUGCUUCAUUGCCAACUUUUGUAUACUCAUAAAUAGUUGUAUAGAAUUUGCACUUAGUACUAUGAUCACAAUUCUAACAUUCAAGACCUGUAGACGUUUGUGCUUAUACUGUGCUUUUCUUAAUGGAAGUAUCUGGGACACAAAAUGUAUGUCAGUUUGGGUAUUUUCUGGGACCAAUUCCUGUGUAUGAAACCAAAUUCUUUAAUUAGGCUCUACUUAAGGUAUUUAGUUAGUGUAAAACCUAAGUUAUUAAAAGGAAUACUUCAAUAUUUUAACUGGUCAAAAGAUCCAAUUUGUUUGUUAAAAAAUCUUUUAUUUAAAUAUGUGAUGAAAGGAUAAAUUUUUUAUCACUGCCGUAAGCAUAAUACAAUCUCUUUAGUACUGUAAUAUGUGAUUACCUGUAUGUGGACUAUUACUUACUCUUGUGCCAUCUUUUGUACAAAUUUUCUAAAAUUUAUAGGCAAAUGCCACUAGCUUACUCUUUGAUACUGGAGUAGUUAAAGUAGCUCAUUGAGGAACAAUUAUUUUGUAGUUUUUAUUUGUGAAUUUCUUUUACAGUUUUAAUCAACGGUAAAUAAGGGACUGUCUUAAAAGAGGACCAUUGGUUCUUACACCUUGUAUUUCCUGUUAGUUUCACUCAUAGCAAGUGUCUUGUCAAUUUCUACAUUUGUAAACAUUCUGAUGUUUUAAUACAAGUACUCUUCACCUGAA